AUGCAGAGAAGCACUCGAGCAGCCGUGGUUACAGGCAGCUCCCGGUACGGCGGCCUCCUCCCUCAGCGCCGUCUCUUUGAGAGCGAACGCCGAAUGAACGCGGUGGAAGUGCGCCGUGUUUGGGAGCGUUUCCAUAGCAACGGCGACUGUCGGAGUGAAGCUGGAUCGCUGCUGCAGAGUUCUGUUCUCCGUGCACCUUCAUGA